AGCAUGAUUCAUAAAUGGGUUGGGCGUAAGCGUUAGGAAUGAGUUGAAUCAGAAUGAGUUGAAUGAGUUUCUCUACGCGCUGUUUGUUCGGUUACAAUUAAAAUAAUUUUUAUUUCAUUGUUGAAAUCGUUGUGUUUAAUUUAAUGACAAAAUGACAAAAAGAUGGGACGUUCUUCUAUUUGCCCUAUAUUUUAUGUGGCAGGUUGCAUAUUCCCAUCAAGAAUCCUCUUGUCAAAUUCCUCCUGUUAUAAGAGGGUCAUGGUUUUCAUGGGAAAAUGGUAGAAAUACUUUAACAGAGAUAAAUGCUGAAACAAUGACAAAUCGUGGUUAUUGUGUCAAUAUGGUGCAACAGUAUCAUGUUAAUUAUACAUUUGUAUUUCACAAUGACAAGUGCUACUCCUGUGUCAAUUUAAUUGUACGAACAGUAAAUGUGUUGGAAAAACUUGAAGCAAGUUGUAUGAAUUUGCCUGAUGGUGUUGAACCAACUGUGGAAAAUGUGUGCAAAGGUUUAAAAUCCGAUCAACAGUUAAUAACACUAUUUUCUGAGAAUCAUGUUCCUGUAAAUUGUAGAUCAUCUUUAGAGGGUGUUUGGCAAUUUGCUUAUCAGAAUCGAUUCAGGUUUACAGGAGAAUGUGAUCAUCCAGAUGCACAAAUUAGAUCGUGCCAAACUGCAGGAACACAAUUCUUGAUAACUAAUCAGAAAUUCAAUAUAACUUAUAAAAAGUGUUCUGGUAUGAAGGAAACUUUUGACGGAGUGGUGGAAUACAGCUGCUUAGGAGAUUGGUUCGUAGAUAAGAAUCAUUUCUUCGCCGUUGCAAAUACAAAGGAAUCUCGAAAAGAUGAAAAAUAUCGAUGUUUCUUAAAAAAUCGCGAUGACGAUCUCUAUAUCGGAGUAUCUAUUACCGCAGAGUGUAAUACAUUGAAAACUGUUGAAAAAAGUCCCGAGCGUUUAAGAGUAACACCCGUUAAAGCUGAGGUGGUUGAACCAGGAUGUAGAUUACCGGAAGACAUGGGUGGACAAUGGAUAAACACUGCUAACAUCGAUGCUGAUAUUUUCAUUAAUGAAACACAUAUAAUCGAAACUUGGUAUCCUGACGAAGGCCGUUACAGGCGUACGAUUUAUGUUUGUCGCGAGUCGAGAGAUAGCAGAGUCAUGAUGGCGCGAUUGACUGUUGAUGGAUGUCAAAAAGAUUAUGUUUGUUUCGACUUUGUCCGUCGACAUCAUAACAUCAUUAGAUAUCGACGCGGUGUUGCAGUUAUAAAAGAUGAUUUCCACACUGUUUGCUCUUGGGUACAGUUUCCUAACAAAGAAGCAUGGAAAUAUGACUUAUUUUUAGCAAAGGAUCCUGUGCCCGUACGUUGUCCAGUAGCUGGGAAAUACAUGUUUCAUCAGAAAGGAGACGUUUUGUUUGAAACUAGAAUUUUAGGCGGUGUUACGCUAUCUCCUCGUCCGAAUAUCUAUUGCAAACAAAAUAUUUCAGAUUUCUCAGUAUGCGACACUGACCAGAAAGAAAUCGCUAUUGACGAAACCUACUGUUUGUCAGUAGAUCAUUUAGGAAAACCUGUAGACAUUUACAGUUUGCCGGAUUACAAAAUGAAAUGUAUCGGAUUUUGGAAAGAAAAUUUGAAGUCAUACUUAAUAACUUAUGACGAGUUAGAUCCUUAUAGUAAAUAUCGUUGUUGGGUAUAUCAAAGAGCUGAUUUGAACAAAGUCCUUAUGUCUCAAGCUAUUGGACCAUUCUGUGAUCUUAAACAAGAUGUUACGAGUAGUAAUUAUACCGAAGGUGCUGCAGUUGCCUUAGAACUACAGGAAUACGAAAGAGAACGCGACCAAUGUCCAAUGUAUUUCGACGAUGGAAGUAAUCCAUGGGUAGUAAGUGAAAAUUAUAUCAAAAUAUUCAGUUAUGGUAACGGUGGAGUUUCGUGUUCAUGCGCAUCCCUAUUGAUGGCAAUUAGCGUAUGUCACAUACUUUUUCUUAGCCCAUAGUAUUUAAAUUGUUUUAUCAUGAUAAUAUUAGUCAGUUAAAGGUAUUAGUAAAAGUGUUAAUUAACGAAUAAUUUGUACCACUCUUGGUAUAUUAAUUCCGUCCAUUCUGUGUAGAUACACUUUAUUAGAUUUGAAUAAUGGCUAUAUACAUACUUCAAAUUUUUGCAAUGCACUGUUGUAAUAUACAUUAUAUUUUAUGAAUAGAUUUUUUCGAUAUAUUGUAAAAUACAUCGAGAAUCGUGCCUUU